UGCAUUGCAAGUCAAAGGACGACGACAUCGGGGUCAAGGUGCUGGGUUACAACCAGGGGUUCGGGUUUUAGUUCAGGGCGAACAUAUUUUUCACGACUCGGUUCUUCUGCUCGUUCGAGUGGCCGGGCGGCGGCGGGAUCCACUGGUUCGAUAUCUACAAGCAAAAUAGGGAUUAUUCAAUAUGUAAGAACUGUGAGUGGAUUGUCAAAUCGCUUAGUCCGUGUAGGUUUAAUGACGAAACCAAAGCUUAUGACGUCUGCUAUGAAUGGAACAAAUCGAAAGUCUGAUUAA